AUGUUGAUAUUGUUGGUUGGAAUGACAAUGGGGAUGGAUUUCAAGUGAAAGACAUCAAUAUAUUUCAGAAUUACAUAUUGCCUAAUUACUUUAAGCACUCAAAUUUCUCUUGUUUUGUUCGUCAGGUCGCUCAAUUAUAUAUAAGAACUUAAGUUGAAUGUGUAUGAUUUUGAUAAGACAGAAAAGUAUUCAUUUAAACACAAAUUAUUCCAAAAAAAUUAAAAGUAAAAAUAUAAAAGACAAGAAAGAGAAUUGCUUCCUUAAAUUAAAGAAAAGUUAAUGAUUAAAUUAUCGUAUUGCCAAGUAUAGAAUAAAUUAAUCAACAAUUAUCUAUGUUGACUUUGAGAAAUCAGGAGUUGGAGUCUUUGUUCAAAUAUCUCAUUCAGCAAAGCGAUAAAUUAUAAAAAGAAAUGCCUAUUAAAGAUAAGAAUUCUGUAAACUGAAUUUACAGAUUUUCUUAUCUAGAAUAAAAAACGAUCUGUUUGAUUUGCUCACUAACAACAUCACUGCAGACACUCUAUUCAGAAUUCUAGAAAACAGUAUUACAAAAAAAAUCUCAUUAAAUUGA